AGCUGCUGGCGACCUUCAAAUGUCCCGAUUCUGCGCCUCCAGGGCUGAGAGAAACUCUGAAACUGAAAUAGACAAUGGCGAGAGCGGCCCUUCUUCACUUGCUUCGAUCUCAAACCAAAAGCCUCUCAUCAUGCUAUCAUCCUUGUAGGUUUGGCACGAGGUCUCAUAUUUGGAGUGCCAAACCUGAAUUUAACAGUCCCAUCCAGAUUGCAGCUUCCCAAAAAAGAUGGGCAUCUCAAGCUAGGACAACAGACGAUGAAACUAGGAUCAGCAUUGGACCACGCAAAGGAAAAGAAGCUGGGGAGGAUGAGAAAGAGACUGGAGUGGUUUAUUAUGGUCCAAUCUCAUCGACCAUCAAGAAAGUAAAACUACUGUCCCUUUCAACCUGCUGUCUAUCCGUAUCCUUGGGUCCUGUCAUAACCUUUAUGACAUCUCCUGAUAUGAACGUCAUCUUGAAGGGUGCUGUCGCGUCUUCAGUGAUAUUCUUGAGUGCCUCAACAACUGCUGCCCUCCAUUGGUUUGUUAGCCCCUAUAUUCACAAGCUUAAAUGGCAUCCUGGCUCGGACAUUUUUGAGGUGGAGAUGAUGUCCUGGCUAGCGACGUACAUUCCAAAGACUAUUAAGUUUGCUGAUAUUCGGCCACCGGAGACUAAUAGGCCUUUUGUGACAUUUAAGGCCAAUGGGAAUUUCUACUUUGUUGACACAGAGCAUUGUCAUAACAAGGCAUUGCUGGCUAGAUUGACACCAAAGAAACCUCAACAUGAGUCAGCUUUCAAAAACUUGUGAUAGGAGGAUUUUCAAGGCAAGAGGUCUAUAAGGUUAUGAACUGCAGAACCAAAUUUUAGUUUAGUGGAAUGUGAUAAGCCCCGGAUUGAUUUGAGACCAAGGGCAUUUUUCUUUCAAGUUUGCUUGUUUUCCGCCCCCUAUUUGAGUUUAACAGUUGGGGAACAAAAAUUUUAUAUUUGAGCUUUGUUAGCCAUGGAGGCAUUGGUAGGUUGUUAAAUGAAUUUUGGCUAUUCUAAUAACAAUAAUUCAAAUACUUAAGACUCCA